ACAAGUCUCCAAGCCAGAAGUAUGGUAGAGGAGAAAGAAAACUAGAGAAAAGGAAUAUUACCUGAUAAUACUAUAAGGGCAGUGCCACACAGUCACAGUCAUACUUUUUUUUUUUUUUUUUGUAGCCCCAUUUAUACCUCUUGUCUUUUGCUUUCCAUUCCUUCUCCAUUAAAUGCUCUUUGCCUCCCUGUUCUCUCAUCUGCCUCACCCUUUUGUCACUGUAUUUGCAGGUUUCUCCUGUCUCCUGCAUCUAGGGUUUCCUCUUUGAACUCUCACAUGAUCUAUCAAAAUUCCAUCUUCCAAUGACUUCAACUUCUUCUUCCUUGGGAGAAUCAAAGAACAAAUCUUGAAAGAGAUCACACAAGGGGAAAGAGAAAAGGUAACAUUCUUUUCUUCUGAUCAAAGAAAUCUAUGGAUCAUGAAAAGUACUGAAGAUGGCUUCUUCCAGCUACUCCAACUCACCUUGCGCUGCCUGCAAGCUCUUAAGGAGAAAGUGCAUGCCGGGUUGUAUUUUUGCACCAUAUUUCCCACCUGAAGAGCCUCAGAAAUUCAUCAAUGUUCACAAGAUAUUCGGUGCAAGCAAUGUCAGUAAACUUCUCAAUGAAAUUCUCCCCCAUCAGAGGGAAGAUGCAGUGAACUCUCUUGCCUAUGAAGCUGAGGCAAGGAUGAAAGACCCAGUCUACGGCUGUGUUGGAGCAAUCUCAGUCCUCCAAAGACAAGUUCUUCGUCUCCAAAAGGAACUAGAUGCCACCAAUGCUGACCUGAUCCGCUUCACCUGCAAUGACAUGUCUUCUUCACUGUCAGGGCCAGGUUCUUCCCAGUUUGGAAGACGAAUGAGUCAUGGAGGUGGAGGUGGAGGUGCUUCUUUUAAUCAGAAUUCUGGUUUGCCUCCUCCUUAUCCUUCUCCAUGGGAUAACAACCCUUCAGGAGACAGCCAUGAGAGUUGAUCAGUGAGGGAAUAUAUAAGAUUUUAUGUGAAUUAUUAUUAGGAGAAGACCCAUCUAGGGUUUAUGCUCUCAUGGUAUAAUAUAUUAUGCUAGCUAUUUUGUGUAUGCUUCUGUAUAUGCCAUAUGGGACUAGUGCUCUUCAUCCAUCAUAGUGGAUGGCUAUUGAAUGUUUCUGAAGUUUUUGCAGUCAGAUUCUAAAUGUAAUAUGUGGGGGUUUCUGAGUAAAUCUCCAGAGCACAUAUAUAUAUAUGAAGGUGAUACCAGUAGUGGUUGGUUUGAUUGA